CUUCAUUUCCUCUUCUCCCUCGGACCUUUUAGUUUGCUUCGAUGCUGACCCUGACUCCCACCCCUCCUCUUCCUCCGAUUCGGUUGCUGGAGGAGCCGGCGGCCAACAGGCCACAACACCAUCACUCUGCCUUCCUUCAACGUUUCCGUUCUCCUUUUCUUUCUCUUUGUCUCCCAGGCAUUGCUGGGUGUGUUUUGCCACCGAAGGCGACGACCGGUCGGCAGAGUGGGUCUGUCCUUGUCGUUGCAAAGGAUCCACCAAAUGGAUCCACCAGGCCUGCCUCCAACGAUGGCUGGAUGAGAAGCAAAAGGGCAACAGUAUUGGCAGUGUGAGUUGUCCCCAGUGUGGAACGGAGUACUGCAUCGUCUUUCCCAAAGUAGGACCCGUGGUCUAUUUCCUGCAGCAAGUGGACCGGAUUUUAUCCAAAGUGAGUCCUUUUGCUGCUGCUGGCAUUGUGGUGGGGACACUGUACUGGUCGGCAGUGACUUACGGAGCUGUGACUGUGAUGCAGGUAAGAUGUAACGUGGCAGCAGGAGAGACCGCCCUCCCUCCCAAGCAGGAGUGGGAUCCUACCUUAGUCGCUACCGGUUUGGAGGGUGAUCGC